AUGACCAAAGAGACUGAGACUCUGGGACUAGUUUUUCAGAGCGAGAACUUCAACUACAACCAAUACACAAACUGCAGCAUGGACUCCUGGUCCUACCCGGACACCCUCGAGCAGAACCACUCCAAACCCAGACUCCACCCUGGGGACGACCUGGCAGCCUUAACCAUGCUGUACGAGCAGUGCAAGAAAGAUCAGAAGAUUGUCGCCUGCAACCGCGGCAAUAACAUCAACAAAAUGAUCGAGAGGUCCCCGGCGAACGCCAAUGAGCUCGUCUCGCUGGACGUGUCCGCCAACGUCCUGGGAUCCAAGCACCACCCCUCCCUGCCCCUCUCCGUGCCCACCACCUCGGACACCUACACCACUCUGACCAGCGUGGUGUCCGACACCUACGACAAACAGGAGCUCAACAUCAUCUUCGACUCCCUGCUGCAGAAGUGGCCCGAGUCCGGUGCUUUUCCCGACCACAGCAGCGAGGCUCUUCCCUACAGCGACACCUUCCCCGAGGACACCUCCAGCCCCGUCUACUCCGGCUCCUACACCGGCUCCCCUGCGCCCGAGAGAUUCAGGAGCGGGUUCCAGUUUUCCCUGGGAGCUCCCUCGGCUUCUGGUUACAAAUCCAACGAGCUGCCCAUGGUCUACCUGAACAAGGGACAGUUCUACCCCAUCACCCUGCAGGGAGUGGACAGCAGCGCUUGCCUCACAUCCACCAAAGUCAAAACGGUCGUGAUGGCUGUGUUUGAGAACGACAAGAGCCCAGAAAUGCAGCUCCGCUUCUGGAAUCACUGGCAUGCCCGGCAACCGACCGUCAAGCAGAGGGUCAUUGACAUUGCGGACUACAAAGAAGUGUUCAGCGGCAUCAGCAACAUAGAGGAGGUGGCUUUCAACGCGCUCUCCUUUGUGUGGAACCCCACUGAAGAAGCCAAGGUUUACAUCGGCAUCAACUCCCUGAGCACGGACUUCUCCUCUCAGAAGGGAGUUAAGGGCCUUCCCCUGAACCUGCAGAUCGACACCUACGACUUCAGCUCGGGAACCAACCAGCUCCUGCACAGAGCCGCCUGCCAGGUCAAGAUCUUCUGUGAUAAGGGUGCAGAGAGGAAGAUGCGCGAUGAGGAUAGGAAGAGGAGCAAGAGGAGAGGAAACGCCAACGGCAAAUCUCAAGUGAGCAGUUCCAUGAGCAGUGAGUGCACCUUCUUCAGGACACUGGACGACCACGUCACCCAGCCGGUUCUCUUCAUCCCAGAAGCACACCUCUCCAGUUUACAGCGCAUGGCCAUUCCCACGGACGAGAAUGAUAGGAGUUCUAUGAAGAGGCUGUACCCGGACAGAGAGCAGGGCAGCCCUCCACCCAGCAAGCAGGCCCGCAAGGAGGACCCUCAGAGAGUUCUGUUGUACGUGAGGGCAGGAGAGGAGGAGGUGUUUGAUGCCCUCAUGCUCAGCUCGCCCACAGUGUCGGGCCUACAAGAAGCUAUCUCAGAAAAGUAUGGCGUGCAAAGAGACAGCAUUGGCAAAAUCUACAAAAAAUGCAAGAGAGGGAUUUACGUCAACAUGGACGACAACAUCAUCGAACACUACACCAACCAGUCGGCCUUUCUCAUCGAGAUGUCGGAGGUGGUGUCCGGUCAGCUCCAGAUCACCCUCGUCGAAGUAUGA